ACUGCUGAGCUAAUGCGAGGGCGAGGCCCGCUGUCACCGCUGGGAACGGGAAGGCUGCUGCGUUCCUGUUGCUGCCAUCGCUGCGGCCAUGGAGGAGUUUCACCCACGUAACGACGAGAUGAUCUUUAACAGUGAAGAAGCCCACAAUAUUAUUAAAGAUUGCAUAGAAGGUGUUCUGAGCAAGGCAGAUUAUAACCAUGACAGUGUCAAUAAAUGGACUGCAGCUAUAGUAGAACAGUCUCUAACACAUCUGGUAAAACUGGGGAAAACAUACAAGUACAUUGUGACCUGUGCUGUGAUGCAGAAGUGUGGAGCUGGUCUGCAUACUGCAAGCUCGUGUUUUUGGGAUACCACAACUGAUGGUACUUGCACAGUCAGAUGGGAAAACAGAACAAUGAACUGUGUGGUCAGUGUCUUUGCUGUGGCCAUAAUCUUGUAGCAAAUUGGAUAAAAUAAGUUAUCCCAAAGCCUUUAAGAUCAGAAACUAUCAAAUACUCAGUGCGCAUUGUGAGAAUUAUUAAAUAAGAUAUUAUUAAGUCUGAGAAAAAGAGGAAGGAAAUGUGCUUUUAAAAAUGUUUCUGCAAAAAUAUUUAUAUUAUGGUAAAGCCUAUUCUUUUAGUUCUGUCAGCUGGCAGAUGGCUAAGUAUAUGCUGAUUUAAAAAGGCAACAUUUUGAGUGUGCUAUGAUUAUAUGUUUUAUGUUUCUGUCCUCCAAAAAAAGACAUAAUAAUACAGCUAUACAAAAACAACAAUAUGCCAGGUUACCACCGACACUUCACACAUAGGAGAUUAAGAGAAAUACUAGGGGAAUAAAUUGUUUAUAAUAUAUAAGAAACUGACCUAAACUUUCCAUUGAGUAAGAGACGUCAGGGUUUUGGAACAGGGUGUUUAAACCGCUUCAGGACUCUUUGAAACCUCUUCAUUUAUUUCUCAGUAUGACAGAUAGGCGUCAGCUUGACUACUAAGAUCUGUAGUUUUGUGUUUUCUGAGACAAAUCUCUGAUAUGGGAGACUAUCUGGACAUGGAGUGAACAAUGAGAGUCAUAGAAAUCCCAGCAAUGAAGAAUUCCAUGGUUAUGGUUCAAACUGAUGUGGAAGAAAAGUUUCCCUAAAGCAGUAGGUUUCAAAGCCAACUAUUUAGAAAGUUACAGAAUCAGAAGAUUAUGCAGGGUAAGUGAACAGAACAAAGGUGAACAGGUUUUAAGAGUUUUUUUUUUUAAUUUGUAGAAUGCAGAAUAUCUCAAAAACCAAAGUAUGUACUCUUCUUUUACAGGGCAUGAAUAUUUUGUAAGUGAAUGUAGUUUUCAUGCUGGAAUUCACAAUGAUGCUGUUCUUAUGGCUUAUUUACAAAAUUAGGAGAAUCUUGUAAAGUAUUGGUUUUGAUAAGGAAUAUGUACAGUAUUGCUGAGUUAAUAAACAUCACAACCUAUGGAAAAAAAAUUAACAUUAUGAUCCAUCAGGCAGAUACUCAGGCCCAAUUAUGUAGCUUUUGUGUUAUCUGUUAUAUAUUUUCAAUGCUGAUGUUUCUAAGUAAGGACCACCUUUGCUCCUUUAUGCCGUUGAAUCGCAUUGUGCCUUAAUCAUUUAUAUAUAUAAAAGUAAUGUUUCAUAUAUUGGACUUGAAAGUGCACACAUUGGGGCAGGCUUUAUAUUUUAAAAUGCACUUAAAUAUAAGAAUGAGGUUAGAGAACAAUUAAUUGUAGUUAUAUUCUGGGCAUAUUUAAUUGGGAGUUAAUCCCCUGAACUCAGUAGAGUUUGUUUCCAAAUAACUGUACUAUUUAUGCCUGGGAGUUUUGACACACUAUUAAAGCUUAUUUGACAGUAAAUUCAAUUGAAUACUAUGAGACUAACUUUUAAGAAAAUAUGCACAAGAUCAGUAGUAUUUAUCAUGCUUCCCAGGUCUAAUAAAUAGUUAGAAAAAUGUCAAAGUGGUAAUUCCAUUAAAUUGGAAAACUUCUUAAAAUGAUUUAAGCGUCUCUGCAGAUAUAUUUAUGUUUCAGGGAACUACUGUUUCAGCUUUUCAAAGAAAUAUUGUGUUAUUUGGAAGGCAUUUGUAUCUUGAAACCAAACUCUUGUAUUUUGGCCUUUUGAAAACAUUGGGAUUAAUCAAUAUUGUUAUAAGAUUUUUAGAAAUGGUUUUUGACCAGUAUAGUGAACUUGGUUUUGUAUUAACAUUAUUUAAAGCAUCAAAAUCUUAAUUUUUGUAAGGAAUUUGUUGCGUAUUUAACUAUAUUAACAAUAUAGCCCAAAUGAUUGUAAUAUAAACAAAGGUGAAUCUUAUUUCUGAAAUAAGUACAUAUAUCUGCAACAUGAAAGUUAAAACUAUUUCAUGGUAUGUUUUAUACAGUUCUGGAUUCAUUCUUUCUUUUUAUUUGGUGAUAAGAUAUUUUCACCUCUUUCCUGAAGCAGCAAAAGACAAUCUGAAGGUUAAUGUAUUUUAUGAAAGCUGGGAACAUAGUAGAUUCCUGUUUGCAUCCUGGAGCAAAUAAAGGCUGAUUGCUUUCUUGAGGCAAUGAUCAGCAAGCAAAAACUCAACUGCUUCUUGUAUGUGAUGCACGCAAAUGAUGCACUAGAAAAAAAUGCUAUGUUUGGCAAAGUUGAAGGGAGAAGAAGAUGAAGACACAUGGACAAAUGGGAUGAAGGUGAUUGGAGGAUUACCCUUGGAAGACUACAUCAGUACUAGAGGCAGGUCAAGAUGAUACGUUUCUGUUCAUGUAGUCAUCAGGUGCUGAACUAUCUAACUGAAUUAGAGAAUUGCACUUUUAGAAAUCAAUCUCUCUGUGUCUCUCUCUCUCUCUCUCACACACACACACACACACAUACACACACACACAAUGAUGUGAUGUACAACCUUUUUUUUUGCAUAAAUGAGAAUAUUCAUUGUAUUUCAUGUAUUUAUAAUGUAUCUGAAAAUCAGUUAUGCUGAAAACCUACUUCUUUAUACAGAGGCUCUGAAAUUCAAAACUGGCAAGAUUGCACUAGAAUUAUAUUGGUAUUUGUCUUAAAACAGCUACAUUUUGUUUGUACUUAAAUAAAUUAUAUCUGCCUUAGCU